UUCAAGGGCAACAUUUUGGGGACCGGCGGCUGACGGCGUCGUUUGUGUGCUCUUCUUCCGCAACCGAGCUCCAGAAAACCCUGGAAAUCCCGGUCGCGGGGGAUUCUCCGAAUCGGAGAUUCGUCUUCGUCGAGAUCACUACGCAGAGUUCCUGUAGAAUUGGAUUAGAAGAUGUCGACCGUGUACGUGGUGGAGCCGCCGACGAAGGGGAAGGUGGUGCUGAGCACGACGCACGGCCCACUCGACAUCGAGCUCUGGCCGAAAGAGGCGCCCAAGGCCGUGAGGAACUUCGUUCAGCUCUGCCUCGAAGGCUACUACGACAACACCAUCUUUCACCGCAUCAUCAAGGACUUCCUCGUUCAAGGUGGCGAUCCUACUGGCUCCGGCACAGGUGGUGAAAGUAUUUAUGGGGAUGCAUUUUCUGAUGAGUUUCAUUCACGUUUGAGGUUCAAGCACAGAGGUUUAGUGGCUUGUGCCAAUGCGGGAUCACCACACUCCAAUGGGAGUCAGUUUUUUAUCACAUUGGAUCGAUGUGACUGGCUUGACCGAAAGAAUACCAUUUUUGGAAAGGUAACUGGCGAUUCAAUAUACAAUCUUAGUAGACUAACUGAGCUCGAAACUGACAAGAGUGAUCGCCCGUUGGAUCCACCCCCCAAAAUAAUCUCAGUGGAGGUACUCUGGAACCCUUUUGAAGAUAUUGUUCCUAGAGCACCAGUGAGGUCUUUGGUUCCAACUGUACCUGAUGUUCAAGAUAAAGAACCAAAGAAAAAGGCUGUAAAAAAGCUGAACUUGCUUUCCUUUGGAGAGGAAGCUGAAGAGGAGGAGAAGGAACUGGUUGUUAUUAAACAGAAGAUUAAGAGCAGUCACGACGUGCUUGAUGAUCCUCGCUUGCUGAAAGAACAUAUACCAAGUAAACAAUUGGAUUCAUCUGACGGAAAAACCUCAAGGGAUGCCCAAUCCGUUAGAGAAGCUUUAAGUUCAAAGAAACAAGAGCUGCGGAAAGAGUCCGGAGCUGAAUUUUCAAAUUCAUUCAGGGAAAUUGCCGAUGAUGAAGAAGAUGAUGAUGAUGAUGAUGAUGCAAGCUUUGAUGCAAGAAUGCGUAGGCAAAUACUUCAGAAAAGAAAGGAGCUGGGUGAUCUCCCUCCAAAGCCAAAGUUGCCUGAUGGGAAGUCUGCCAGAAAGGAGCGGGAGUCAUCUAUUUCAAGGGACAAAGAUGACGAUGAUGAUCAACCAAGGUUGGAAAAGCUCUCCUUGAAGAGAAAAGGAAUAGGAUCUGAAGCCAGAGCUGAGCGAAUGGCUAAUGCUGAUGCAGAUUUACAGCUGUUGAAUGAUGCUGAACGAGGUAGACAUUUGCAAAAACAGAAAAAGCGCCGGCUUCAAGGACGUGAAGAUGAGGUACUAGCUAAGCUUGAAACGUUCAAGGCGUCAGUACUCGGAAGACCUUUGGUGUCAAGUGCCAAGGUUGGAGAUGGUGAUGAUGAUUUAUCUGACUGGAAAUCAGUUAAGUUGAAAUUUGCUCCUGAGCCUGGCAAGGACCGAAUGUCUCGUAAUGAAGAUCCAAGUGAUUAUGUCGUGGUGGACCCUCUCUUGGAGAAGGGAAAAGAGAAGUUCAACAGGAUGCAGGCCAAAGAAAAACGAAGAGAACGGGAAUGGGCGGGCAAAUCUCUCACUUGAUCCCCAUUUGUACCCCUUGGACAAACUAAACCAGCGAUUGUUGAAGUGCAUGUUAGAGGUGGUAACUCUCUUCAUUGAAGAGAUUGAUCUAUUGACAUCCCAAUCUGUAUCAUUAGGACACAAAUCAACAUGUACAUAAUUUCUCCUUCGAGAGAGGCGGAUGAUCUAGUCGAACUAUUCUUGAAGUGGUACUAUUCUCGCUGAGAGUUUUGGUUCUUAUUAUUAU